AAAAGCCUCUUAGUCUCUCCAUGGGACUACACAAACCCCCCUCCAACUUAACAUCUCUAGCUUCUUUCUUCUUGUUACUCUUCAUCACCAUCCACCAAUCACUUUCGGCACGAACCCUUGGCGCUCUUCCAUCACCGCCACAACCCCCACCAAAGAACCACCACCACCAUCAUAAGACAAUGAGUUUCUACAUGCCAAAUGUGCUAAAUUUGAACUUACAACACCCCUCAACCACAACACCACCAACUAAAGUCAACGGUCAAACUAUUCCCUUUUCGAAACCGUUAGGCCUUUUUCCACCGGUAGGAGGAAUCCCUAUUCCUGAUUCCAGUUCCAUCCCAAGGCAAACAUCCGGCUUGUAUGGAUUUGGAAGUGGGAUAAGCUUUCCUAUCCUCGAAGAUGAAUUGGAAUUUGAUGAGUUGAGAUUUUUUGGAGUGCAUCGAGCAGAUAUAAAUCAGGAGUCUCAUGUUGCAAUCAUUGGAGGCACGGGGAAAUAUGAUGGUGCCAACGGAUAUGCAAUAUUAAAGGUUGUUAAACUAAACCAGAAAGCUAUAAAAGAAGACCGGGAGACGAAUGAUUUUCUUUUGGUAGAUGUUUACCUAGGUUGAGAUAUCAGUAAAUACAUCGAUACAUACUGAUUUUUCAUACAAUUAAACAAAUAAUAUCAUAUGUACACCUAAAAUAUUGUAUUCUUAGAUAAUAAUGUUAAGCUUUGAGAAAUUUAUUGA